GCAACACCGCCUCAUCAUCCGCAAGGGGGCCCUGGUCGCGCGCGACCCGACGGGGUACGAGGACAUCACCGGGCACGAGGCCCUCGACCAGGCCGAGAUUAAAGCCCUGCGCGACGAGGUCCUGCACAAGUGGCGCGUCACGCCCUUCCUGCUCCUGACCAUUGUCACCUGCUCCAUCGGCGCCAUUGUCCAGGGCUGGGACCAGACGGGAUCCAAUGGCGCGACCAUCAAGUUCCCCGAGGUCUAUGGCAUCGACGGCGAGAACAUUCGGGACAAGAUGCUCGUCGGGCUGGUGAACGCGGCGCCCUACAUUGGCACGGCGUUUGUCGGGUGCUGGCUCUCCGACCCCAUCAACGACCUCGUGGGCCGCCGGGGCACCAUCUUCUUCUCCGCCAAUUUCUGUCUGUGGCCGGUCCUCGGGAGCGCGUUCUGCAACUCGUGGCCGCAGCUCCUGGCCUGUCGCCUGCUCCUGGGCUUCGGCAUGGGGUCCAAGGCGUCGACCAUACCGCUGCUGGCGGCCGAGACGGCGCCCGCGCCCAUCCGCGGCGCCAUCGUCAUGGGCUGGCAGCUGUGGACGGCCUUUGGCAUCCUCCUCGGCACCAUUGCCAACCUGGCCGUGUCCAACAUGGGGCCGGAGCCGUGGCGGUUCCAGCUCGGCUCGGCCAUCAUCCCCGCCAUCCCGCUGUGCGUCCUCAUCUACUUUUGCCCCGAGUCGCCGCGCUGGUACAUGAAAAAGGGCCAGUACCGGGCGGCCAUGGCCUCGCUGCUCCGCCUGCGCACCAACGCCGUCCAGGCCGGCCGGGACCUGUACUACAUCCACGUCCAGCUCGAGCUCGAGCACCAGUACAUUCGGCGCGGCAGCUGGAACUACGCCGCCAAGUUCCUCGAGCUCUUUACCAUUCCUAGAGUGCGCCGCGCCACGCUCGCCUCGUUUACCGUCAUGAUCGCCCAGCAGAUGUGCGGCAUCAACAUUAUCGCCUUUUACUCGACCACGCUGUUCCGCAACGCCGGCGCAGGCGACUUUGAGGCCCUGCUGGCGUCCCUCGGGUUUGGUCUCGUCAACUUCCUCUUUGCCUUCCCCGCCAUCUGGGCGAUUGACACGUUUGGGCGGCGCUCCCUGCUGCUCUUCACCUUUCCGCACAUGGCGUGGGCCUUGUUCGCGGCCGGGCUGUGUACGCUCAUCCCCGGCAAGGAUGGGCUGCACCUGGCCAUGGUGGCCCUGUUCAUCUACCUGUUUGCGGCCUUUUACUCACCGGGCGAGGGCCCGAUUGCGUUUGCCUACUCGGCCGAGGUGCACCCGCUGUCGCAUCGCGAGAUUGGCAUGGCGUGGUCGGUGGCGACGUGCCUGGGCUGGGCGGCCGUGGUCUCGAUCACGUUCCCGCUCAUGCUGGCGCAGCUGGGCACCAUGGGCCUCUUUUUCUUCUACGCCGGGUUCAACGUGGUCGCGUUCGUCAUGAUCUUUCUGUUUCUGCCCGAGUCGAAGCAGCGCACGCUGGAGGAGCUCGACUACAUCUUUGCGGUGCCGACGCGGGUCUUUAUGAAGUACCAGGUCACCCAGACGCUGCCGUUCUGGUUCAAGCGAUGGAUCCUCCUGCGCAAGGACGUGUCCCUGGAGCCGCUGUAUCGGCUCGACACGAGCAUGCCGCUCGAGGUGGAGAUGGCGGAUGCUCUGCAUGAGAACGACAAGGCCAUGGUCGAGAUCAAGGACAUGGUGGGCCAUGUGCAGAGCCAUCCGCGUGGUCCUGGGGGGCGGUGAGCCAGCGGUUCAGACUGGCUAGAUACUCCUUACGAUAAAUUGUAUAUAAUAUGAUAAUAGUACAUGACACAAACAU